AUGAGCUGGAGAGAAUGCCUACAGGGCGUAAUUCCGAACCCUCAGGCGCAUUUGUGGCUUCGAAAUCUGGCCAUAAUUACGAUGGCCCCGGCAACUAGGGUCGAACCGAUCCCAUCAACCGACGUCAGAGGCAGUGGCCACAUCUCGAUGGAUAUCUCUAUUUGCGCCUCCAGAAGUGCAGGCACCGCGUUUCUCACCCGGAAUGUGUCCUUGUCUGCGAAGUGA